GCUAUUCCUCCGAUCUAGAAUCGGAAAAUAGAAGCGGUUCCGUCCAUUGCAGGGAGCGGAAUUGAGCGGUGGCGGAGAGGGGUUUUCCUCGAGGUAGGGUUUCCAGUUUCGAAGCCGAAGGGAAGCCGGUGCUUGAUUCCAGAAGGCGAAAACUUGAAUAGCCAUGGAGAGCGCCUUUGCGAGCGCCUCUGCUAUAUCAGACCAGAGGCAGAAGAUCGAACAGUAUAAGCACAUUCUGUAUAAUGUUUUAUCCUCAAACGAUAGGGUUCAAGCCAAGAAGUUUAUCGAUCACACACUAUCUGAUGAAGUUCCACUCGUAGUUUCGCGGCAGCUAUUGCAGACUCUAGCGCAAGAGUUGGGGAAGUUGGAGGGGGAGACUCAGAGAGAGAUUGCCCAUUACAUACUCGCUCAGAUUCAGCCGCGCGUCGUCUCUUUCGAGGAGCAGGUGUUGAUUAUUCGGGAGAAGCUUGCUGAAUUGUAUGAAUCAGAGCAGCAAUGGUCAAAAGCCGCUCAGAUGCUUAGUGGCAUUGAUCUAGACUCUGGAAUGAGGGUGAUUGAUGAGUCAUACCGGUUGUCAAAAUGUGUUCAAAUUGCUCGUCUAUACCUUGAGGAUGAUGAUGCUGUCAAUGCUGAGGCUUUUAUCAAUAAAGCUUCAUUCUUGGUUAGCAAUAGUCAGCACGAAGUCCUUAAUUUACAAUACAAGGUUUGUUAUGCUAGGAUCUUAGACUUGAAAAGGAAGUUCUUGGAAGCAGCACUACGUUAUUAUGAUAUAUCUCAAAUUGAAAAGAGACAAAUAGGAGACGAAGAGAUUGACGAAGAAGCUUUGGAACAAGCUUUAUCUGCUGCAGUGACAUGUACAAUAUUGGCUGCUGCUGGUCCCCAGCGAUCCCGUGUUCUUGCCACAUUAUACAAAGAUGAGCGUUGCUCGAAGUUAAAAAUCUAUCCAAUACUGCAAAAGGUUUACUUGGAGAGAAUUUUGAGAAAACCAGAAAUUGAUGCAUUUGCUAAAGAGCUAAAGCCUCACCAGCAAGCCCUUCUGUCAGAUAAUUUUACUGUGUUGGAUCGUGCUAUGAUUGAGCAUAAUCUUCUCAGUGCAAGCAAACUUUACACAAAUAUAAGCUUUGAAGAAUUGGGCACUUUGCUGGGUAUUCCUCCGCACAAGGCUGAGAAGAUAGCAUCGAGAAUGAUCUACGAGGACAGAAUGAGGGGAUCAAUUGACCAGGUAGAAGCUGUUAUCCAUUUCGAGGACGAUAUUGAAGAGCUGCAGCAAUGGGAUCAACAGAUUGUUGGUCUCUGUCAAGCUCUGAACGACAUCUUGGAUAGCAUGGCAAAUAAAGGUGUCUCCCUUCCUGUCUAAUCCUUUGUGCUGUUAAGUGUCCCAAUCCAGUGAUUUUGUAAUAUCUCAGAAACUUUUUAUCUUUUCACCAUAGUAAUGAGGCUAUUUUAGUUUUCUUUUCUUCUUCUUCCUCCUUUUUUCCGGAGAGGUUGAAAAAUUACUAUUCUUUUUAGCAGCGAGGGUCAUUUUUCUGUCAUUGGUGUAAAAAAAAACUUUUGAAAAAAAAAAAAGAAGAGAGCGAAAGAGAGGGAUAUGUUGAGUUAUGAAGCCACCGGACGCAAAAUAAAUGAACUCCUCCUCCCUGAGAAAAGGGAACUAGAAAGAUAA